ACAGUACAGGUCACAGUGGGUCAAAGUUUAACUUGGUGUUGUUUGAUGGAGAGAGUUCAUAAUUUGCCAGUUUUCAGGCAAACCACACGCCGAUAGAUCCGUGAAAAGGGUUAUUUACAGCUUUACGACAAUGAAUAUUCGUUACGACAAUAUUGAUGGCAAAGAGCCGGUCACAAAGAUCCUGGAGACAACCGCAACGGGAGCUGUCUCUGGAGCUGGACUUUCUGCAGUGGCACUGUCGAUGCACUUUCCCAAGAAUUUUACUGAAGCCGUCGGGAGGAGUUUAAAUCACACAGCGACAUUGGCGGCUCUCGGCGCUGUCUUUGGAGCAGGAACUACAAUAGCGGCGUCCGUCAGGGACAAAGACGGCCCACUCAACUACUUCAUCGGAGGGUGUAUGGCAGGGGCAGUUCUAGGAGCCAAAUAUCACAGUUACUCAAUUGGCACAAGCACCUGCGUGGGCUUCGGUGGCUGGGCAGCCAUUUACAAGUUGUGGAGAGAUGAAGGGUGGGGCGAUUUCAUUCCCAAGCCCAUCUACUAAAAAUCAGCACCAAGUCAGAGACAUUGAAAGGCACAGGGCUGUUGCCCAGCGGAAAAGCCAGAGUUGUCAGCAGUUCAGGGAUAUGUUAGAUCUCCACCUAAACUCCUGUUUGAACCAACGCCUCCUGCCCUGUCCACUAGUAUUUUUUUGGGUGAAAACCUCAGAGUGUGUGGAACCCCUUGUGACGUCAACAUCCUAGAAUGAUUUUUGUGGACAGCCAAUUUGUUGCAUAUUCUGAAGGAAAUGCCAAGCAUUGUGUGUAGCUAUCACCUAUGCUGUGUUCCUAACAUGCUCUUUCUGUGUCCAUGCUUGGUGGUCAUGUAAUUGGUUGGUGGCCUGGUGACUUCAUGUCUCCAGUUAUUAGCUAAAUUCACCCAUUGAUAUCACCACGUUUUGUGGCAGACAACACCGAAGAUCGUAUAGCGCCGAAGGCGCAAGAUGGAUAACUCUGUCACAAAGGUGUACAUGUAAUUACCAUGGGCGCCAU